UACUUAAUACAGUAAUAUUAUAGAUGCUUAGAGAUGGAAAGUUAUAUCUCGAGGCUGAUAUAGUCAGUGUUGCAUUAGUAUUCAUACACAUGUGUGUUAUAUAGACAAUGUAUGAUAUAUAUGUCAUAAUGAGAUGUGAAGUUAUUGAAUCGGAUCUAACGUAAUGCCUAUAUCAUAUUGUUGCCAUCUUAUAUCGUCAGUCGAGUUACGGUACUCAGCAGAUAGACCCCUUCCCUCCUAUAUACUGAAGUCGUUCAAACAUCCCCGAAUCUAUGAUAGCGAUAACUAUUUCGCAAAUAAAUCUUCGUCAAGCAGCGACUGCGCGGACACCAAAGUUACACAACGUGAUGAAAUAACCAAGUGUAACCUUAUUCUGGAAUCGCACGGAUAUUCGCUUAUUCGACAAAAUGACCCCGAAGGCACGGUUAAAAUCAAGAAGGUCGGAACCCGUGGAAGGGUAGGGAAAAAACGUUCACUGGAACUAUCUGAUAAAGCAACAUCACAAAAUGUGAUGAUUUGGAGAAAAGAUGAUGAUGCAAUAUACCGCAUCAUGGAUAUGAUACGAAAAGCAAUGAUAUACCACGUUUGCUUUUAUGAUGAUACUGUAUAUGAAAAUGAAGUGCUUCUAUCCCGUAUAUCGAAAGUUACUAAGGAGUCAUCUAAAGUCAGUAAAAACUCCACAUAUGAAAUGCUAUAUGCACUCCAUGAUUGCCUGGUUCAGCUUCGAAAGAAAACUGGCGAUGGUAUGGAGGCCAUACUUAUUACCGAAGAAUAUAGUGGCUUGUUUACUAAAGAUGAAAUAUUGAUCACUAGGUCAAGUAUGGCUUUCAGAAGUGCAUUGAUAGAUGAGGGUAUACAUUAUAAUACCAUAUAUCAUACCACUGGCCCAAAUAAUUACACGGGCCACAUGGAUCUAAACCCUGAUGAUAUAGUUUGUAGCUAUCUAAAAAUACCCCUAACAUCACAAUCGCAAGAGUCAGUAAGGAAUUUGGAUGACUCUUUGGCCAUUGUGGAAUUUCAAGAGAUUGGUAAACACGAUGAGCCCUCAAAGGAAGCUUUCUUUAGAGCUCUGAACUUACCACUGUCUGAUGACUAUGAUGUUAAUGUUAUAUUUGUAAGAGGACGACAUCAUUGUCAAAAAAUGUUACGGUUUCUUGCGAAACAGGCCGAGGACGUUCUAUUGAAUAUGAAAAAAACAACUUUGCGCGUAGCACCGGUUAAAUUGGUGCUGUCUAACUUUCCUGUUCUCUUUUCUAAACUGUACGAAUUGCGAGUGACAUGGGCAGACUUGAUAGAUCAAAAUAGCAGUGAGAGGUAUGCUAUAACAAUAAAAGGGUUGGUGUUACCAACAGUACUUAGUAGUUUGUUCAAAAUUGCUCGAAGAUUACAAACGCAAGGCAUGAUUAAUGAAGCGUCAUUACUAAUAACAUAUAACACAGAUCUGGACUCUGAGUUACAUGAAGAUAGCUUGCAAAUAUCAGAAAAUAACCGGAUAUAUAACAACUUCAUGGUUAACAUGUCCUCACUGGAGAAAAUGCAUCCGCAAAUGUAUAGUCUACUAAAGAAGAUGGUACCUUAUGCUGUUUUUAUGGUUCGCAAAGGUCGAGUCAGUGUGCCAGCACAUGGUGCCAUGAGAAAACAAGGUAGUAUAUGUCUAUCACAUUCAUUUGGUCAUGGAGACUUAUCAUCCCGUAGUGUGUCUCUCUACGACAGUAAUCGUAUCCAAAGCCUCUAUGGAAUAUCUAAUAUAGAGUAUAACCCCGAUGGAAACGGUACCAUAGUUGUUCUAAGGGAUACUUUAUACACCAAUCUUUCGAAAAUCAAGUCAAUAAUUCAACAUAUUGAGGGCACAUCGGUGAUUAAAACAAUGCCCACCAAAGUAAUUAUCAGCGAGGCGAUAUCUAGGAUCGCCUCAGUUGGUAUUGCUGAUGCCAGAAGUUAUGACCAUAACCUAAAAUGCUAUGUAGACCUUUAUCCAUCCAUGGAAGAUGGAAAUAAUGCAAUUUGGACAUACGUACAGCCUUACAAUUUGAUGAACAUCGUUUGUUUGGUGGGAUAUCUACUACAUGCUGGAGCGUACCUACUAUUCUUUGAUCCCUGCUUUACUACGGAUGGUAACUUGGACAGCAGCCUAGAUAAAAGGUUGAACUGCUCUGGAACAGCAGACGUCAUAAACGCAGAAGAUUCUGUAUCUAUUUUUGAUCAAAGGUUGUCUGCUGACAAGUACACCUUAGAUAUGAAUAGCCUGGUUAAUGACCCUUUAGCGCAGCAAUCCUAUAUCAUUAAGCUAAUCAUACGGGUGUCCUUCAACAAGCGGUUUCAAACUGUUUUCGGCUUACCAUAUAAAGACCACCUGCACAACACCAUGAAACUGACACGUAAUUUUCAAGACAGAGAGGCAAACUCCGCUAAAAGGAAACGUUCGCUACCUAGUGAUAUACACGAAUCAACCCCUUUAUACUUGGCAAGCAAUUGGGAUGCAUUGAUACACCGUUCAAAAAGUUUGGCAUUAUCCAUAAGCGACAAUUAUGAUGACGACAUAACAGAAGCUUUAACUAACAUUGAAAAUUUGACACCAGAAUCCGAUGUUGUAUCCCCUAGACCUAUGGACGCACUGGAUAUAACAACCAAUAGUCGUCCCACGGGUUUUACUAACAUCGUAGCGAGUAUAACAUCAGGUGAUAUUGCAAAAAUAAGCCGAGAAGUCUCUGAAAGCCUCACCAAGGUGUCUUCAACAACUAGAGCUCAUGGGCGAUUGCAUCACUGCGUUUUCCAUUUUGAUACUAAAGAACCCCUUAAAGGAGAAAAUGGCAUCAGUUCUUUGGAAAAGGAAAUUGAAAACAUUAGUAAUGCAGAUAUCACUCCAGAAAUCAAACCGGGUAACAAAAUUCAUUUGGUCUUUGUUUUCCUCACUCCGAAGAAUAUUACACCCUUGGUAUCAAGCAGAAUAAAAUUGUUAAAAGAUGUGAUAAACUCUUCCGAUAUAGUAUUUGUACAUGAUAAAAGCUCAAAAGAAAACCCUCCCAUGGAAUAUAACAUGAUAAAUGCUAAAAAUUUCAUUGAUACCUUAAAGGUAGAAUACGUCCCGGCUAAGCAUGGAAACUACAACGAAAAGUGUGGUGUGCCUUACUCUUUUGUGGUAGGUAUAGAUACCUUGGAUCAGCAUAUAAUGAGUCUUUAUAAUGAGGCAGACGUUGAGCUGACAACAUAUAUAUAUUAUGUUUGCAUGGAUAUAGACGUGUCACUGGGUCAAGGGAAUUGUAUUAAUGAGAACAAGCGUACUCUUAUAAGCAAUACACGAUCAAAACACCCUGGAAAGGAUAUAAGGGAAUAUUUCUUGAGCUACUCUUGGAUUUGUGAUGUAUACUCCUCUGGAUUUAUUGAUUUAGAUGCCGAUAUACCAAAAAUGCAUCUACUGCCAUUUGAUGAUGGGCAACUCAAGGACCAUUAUUAUUUCUCUACUCCUAUGACUGAGCAUAAGUCAGCACAUCGGGGGGUGUUUCCAUUUUCAAUAGGGUAUCAACAUGUCAAGUUCCUUUGGGGAUGGAAUAUUUACGUCCUUACGCUUCGUAACGAGGUGGUCAGUGAGAAGGAUUGCUUCCUAUACAGAAAACACUGUGGACUUCGAGUUGCAUCUUAUAAUACCCUGGAUUCCAUUGCUAAUGAUAUCAAAAAUAAGUUACGUGCUGAAUUAAAGGUUCACGGUAUCAACGAAGAAGAUGUCAGCACAUACUUUACCCAUUCACGUAUAUAUAUGAAUACUCUAAUAGUAAUGGGCGACUCCAUGUGGCAUCCGUCGGACUUCGACGUUGCGUGUCGAAAUGCUAACUACCAAGACGCCUGUUUAAAUAUUACAUUCGGCGGUAAACUUAUUUGUUUCGGCAGGUAUCAAGGGAUACCUCUAUUAAUGUCUACAUGGUUCACGGAUACUAUGUGCCAAUCGAGACCAGCUGCAAUACAUGAGUAUACAAUUGAACACCAAAGUAGCCCAUAAGAUAUAUAUUGCUUUGCUUAAGCGUGACGUAUGAUGCUUUAUUUCUGUCAUGGUGUCAUAACAUAAAACAUGCUACAACAGAGCUUUGGUGACAUUGUUGUGGUAAUUGCAACGUGAAUUUUACGUUCUUGUAGUGUUAUAAC